GAACUACUUAGGACGAACGGAGUGGGAUUCAAGGCUACUCAUCCGUGGUUUGUUACAACUGGAGUAAUGGGGGCUACAAACAAGGUGGAAGACAAAAAUGUGGUUUCCGAUUCUGGCAGUGACUCGGACGACUCUGCGCCAGAAAUAGAAGAUUCUAAAGAACAAAGUGAUGCUAAAGUAUCACAUGUGGCCGAUGAAUUACUAAGUCGAUGUAAGCAGUCCAGAAGCGAAAAAAAAGCUAGGAAAGCAAUGUCGAAGCUGGGAUUAAAAUUAGUACAGGGAGUUUGCCGCGUAACUAUAAGAAAAGCAAAGACCAUUAUGUUCGUUAUCAAUAGGGCAGAGGUUUAUAAAUCAUCUGCCUCGGACACGUACAUUAUAUUUGGUGAGGCUAAAGUAGAAGAUAUAUCAGCACAAGCUCAGAUAGCUGCAGCUGAAAAACUUCGUAGUCAAGCUAUGGGAGGUGCUGACCUAGGGACCUCCAGUGGUCUAUCAAAAGAUACAGUUUCAUCUAUCUCCAAGACCGCCAUCGCAGAAGAGUCUGAAGAUGAUGAAGAGGUAAAAUAAUUAUAAUUAAGUUGAUUCUGCUUAGCCUGAUGCUACUGGAUUAGAUGAAAAAGAUGUUGAGCUCAUUAUGCAACAAGCUGGUGUAUCGCGUGGUAAAGCUAUUCGAGCACUCCGUGAAAAUAAUGAUGAUGUAGUCAAUGCUAUUAUGUCGCUCACAGGAUAGCCGAAAAAUUAUGAUGACAUACAACUCAUGUCGUGAAUAAUUCAACAAGUAUUUUUGAAUAUUAUUUCUCAUCAUAUUCUAAAAGAAUUUUUUCACUGGUUUCGAACUUUUGCAUUAUUUGACCACUUGUCUCUUUUUACGCUUCCUCAAAAAUUAAGUACAGCAUUACACAAUAGGAAAAUGCGAAAUUUAUUCUGUGGUAGUAAACUAAUUUAAAUUAAUAAUGAUGCCGUAAUUUAACGUUAAGUCCAACUUCAUUUCUAUUUAUGUAUUGUUUUGGUCGUCACUAAUUAAUUCUGAAAACUUGUUUCUUGAGAAAAAUUAUAUAGAGGUUAACCUUACGUCUAGGUCACUGUCAAUUGUGUUUGUCACUCACCAAGUACAUUUGUACUUAACUGAAGUGAAAUAGAUGAAAAGCGUUCAUGCACCAGGUCUGUUAAGAAUUGAAUGGUUCCAUCAUAGUUGUUACGAUGAGUAAUUUGGCGAGAUCGUUUAAUUGCUCAUCUCAUAGAAACAUUAUUUGGAAUGUCAUGUCACUACUGUGUAUGCUUUUGUAGUUGUGGCUAGCGGUUGCCCUCUAUUGUUAUAGCUAGUAGUGUUGUGUACCAGGUAAAUGUACUCUAAAGAGACGAGUUGAUUCCAAGCAGUAGAUUUGACCAGCUUUCCACUCUGUAUAUUGUACCAGGUGAUGAGGUAAAGAUGUUUUCGUUACUCGUUAUACCGAUAGAUGUAGAAUAGUUGUAUUUUAAAGGGACGUUUGUUCACAUAACAAUAGGGACUACGGUAUCAAUCACGAAAUUGGGGACUACUCGAGAAUGCUUUAGUAUCUCAUAUAAAGUUGGGCUUAUGUCGUUCUUGUUCCGUAGUAAUUUUUUUUACCUGUGAUACAGCCGUGGUACAAAAUAUGAUGCAAAACAAACUGGAUAGUGUUUACGACUGUUGGAUUUUUCUAUUAUUCAUGAUUAUGGCUUUCUACUCGUUAUCACAUAAUGGUAUUACUUAGUCGAGAUGACACGAGAAUCGUCAUUAACAUACAGUCAAUAGCUAAAUAAAUAUACCUGUAUAUUUUAUUUACAACGUGUUCUGCAUAAUUUAUCGACAGUGCAAUUAAAAGAAUUAAUUGUUCAAAUAAUCGUAUUGGCCAACAGCUUUCAUAGUCACAGUUCACUGAUUCUGUAGCAGAGAUUCGGAUAAAGAACUCGUGUUUGUUCAAUUUACUAUAUAUGAGGACAUAAAGACGCACAGGUAGUCUUCCGGGUGACGAGGCUGAGCGCAAAGUUCCGGUCCCUCAAUCAAGGACUCUCAAAACUAGUUGAUUUGUACUGUCAUAUCCAGCAAACGACAGAACACUGACGCAAAUAUUUGAGUUCAGGUUAGUAGUGUAUGUUCUUCAAGAUUAGUCCCAGGUGGAUAUUUGGCCGAUUACUUCGAUAGGAGACGAACGGUUUUUGUCAAGGGUAACAACAAUCUGACUAAUCCCAAACCAAUAAAAAAACCAAGAGGGAAUUGGUUCGGAAACGUUAAUGUAAAUGCAUGAAGUACUACCUAUCAACGUAGUGAAUCAGUCAAAAAUCUUCAAAAUUGCGUUUUAGAAAAAAAGCCCAGCAUGAUCAGUUACUGUGAGUACAUGAGAAAAAACUCCGGUGACUUUAAAUCAUGAACUAAAAGCAGUCCCUUUCAUAGCAUUGAGAAAUGCUAUUUAACUUUUUUUGACAGGCUUAAAAUGCGACAUGGAGAUUACUCAUAUCACUUACUUUCCAUGUUAACGGGGAUAUAUUGUAACCUUUGUGCUAAACUAUUGCACUCUGCUUCGUUUGGUACAUGGGUUAAGGAAAACAAAUGCUGUAUUACACACUAUGAUAUGGACUGGUAUUAUGCAAUGUUACAUCGUUAAUUAGUUUAGCAAAGCUGGAUUUAACUCACGUCAUGUAGAUCAGACUGGUCAUGUUUGAGCUGGCUAUCAACAGUAACCAUUUUACUGAAAAUGGUGUAUAGGUUGGAAGCUGUGUUAUGCAAAUGAUCCACCUGGUAUUGUGGUGGAAAUCCUGAAUGUUUCCACCUAAAAAGCUUAGUCGUUCAACCGUAUAACUGACAGGAAGUUCUAUGCGACUUCCUGGACAAAAUUACAUUUGAAUAUCGCUUACUACUAAGUGACGAUAGUGCCUAGUCGGUCGAAUGGUUGUUCGAGACGUAUCUGCUUCAGUUUUGGCAACCGAGUAAUAUCACUAACCGACACUUAAAUUGUGCCUAAAAACCAAACUUAUUAACUCAAUUACUUCUAAUGUUUCAACCUAUGCACCAGCAUCAAAUAGCUGUUUGGUUUCAAUAUAUUUGACAGAUGAUGAUUUUUAGGAUAAGCUUAUUGCAAAUAAAUAUUAGUACAAGGGGGCACCAGAUAUAUAUGCGCCACACAAAACAAUGAGAAUGGGAAGAG